CCCAGACGCCGGCGGGGCGGCCGAGGCUUCUGUGAGAGGGCGCUCGAGGCUGCCGAGAGCUAGCGAGCGAAGGAGGCGGGGAGGCGGCGUCUGCACUCGCUAGCCCGCUCGCUCGCUUGCUUCCCGGCGCCGCUGCGGGUCUGCACUGCACUUCCUGCUCGCGAGCCGCUCGGUUGCGCGCUCCCGGAGCAGCCGCCCCUCGGCUGGGUCCCGGCUCGGUUCCGGAGUUGUGCGAGCCGGCGACACCGCGCGGUGGGGCGAGCCGGCGCCACACCUGUGGAGCCGGCGGCCGUCGGGGAGCCGGCCGGGGUCCCGCCGCGUGCGUGCUUUGGCCGGCGGGAGGCCGGGACCCCGGAGGAGGCGCGCCCUCCGGCUGGGCGCCGCGGGCACCAUGGGGCUCCCCGCGCUGGAGUUCAGCGACUGCUGCCUCGAUAGCCCGCACUUCCGAGAGACGCUCAAGUCGCACGAAGCCGAGCUGGACAAGACCAACAAAUUCAUCAAGGAGCUCAUCAAGGACGGGAAGUCACUCAUCAGCGCGCUCAAGAAUUUGUCUUCAGCGAAGCGGAAGUUUGCGGAUUCCUUAAAUGAAUUUAAAUUUCAGUGCAUAGGAGAUGCAGAAACAGAUGAUGAGAUGUGUAUAGCAAGGUCCUUGCAGGAGUUUGCCACUGUCCUCAGGAAUCUUGAAGAUGAACGGAUACGGAUGAUUGAGAAUGCCAGCGAGGUGCUUAUCACUCCCUUGGAGAAGUUUCGAAAGGAACAGAUCGGGGCUGCCAAGGAAGCUAAAAAGAAGUAUGACAAAGAGACAGAGAAGUAUUGUGGCAUCUUAGAAAAACACUUGAAUUUGUCUUCCAAAAAGAAAGAAUCUCAGCUUCAGGAGGCAGACAGCCAAGUGGACCUGGUCCGGCAGCAUUUCUAUGAAGUAUCUCUGGAAUAUGUCUUCAAGGUGCAGGAAGUCCAAGAGAGAAAGAUGUUUGAGUUUGUGGAGCCCCUGUUGGCCUUCCUGCAAGGACUCUUCACUUUCUAUCACCAUGGUUAUGAACUGGCCAAGGAUUUCGGCGACUUCAAGACACAGUUAACCAUUAGCAUACAGAACACAAGAAAUCGCUUUGAAGGCACUAGAUCAGAAGUGGAAUCACUGAUGAAAAAGAUGAAGGAGAAUCCCCUUGAGCACAAGACCAUCAGUCCCUACACCAUGGAGGGAUAUCUCUACGUGCAGGAGAAACGUCACUUUGGAACUUCUUGGGUGAAGCACUACUGUACAUAUCAACGGGAUUCCAAACAAAUCACCAUGGUACCAUUUGACCAAAAGUCAGGAGGAAAAGGGGGAGAAGAUGAAUCAGUUACCCUCAAAUCCUGCACACGGCGGAAAACAGACUCCAUUGAGAAGAGGUUUUGCUUUGAUGUGGAAGCAGUAGACAGGCCAGGGGUUAUCACCAUGCAAGCAUUGUCGGAAGAGGACCGGAGGCUCUGGAUGGAAGCCAUGGAUGGCCGGGAACCUGUCUACAACUCGAACAAAGACAGCCAGAGUGAAGGGACUGCGCAGUUGGACAGCAUUGGUUUCAGCAUAAUCAGGAAAUGCAUCCAUGCUGUGGAAACCAGAGGAAUCAACGAGCAAGGGCUGUACCGAAUUGUGGGGGUCAACUCCAGAGUGCAGAAGUUGCUGAGUGUCCUGAUGGACCCCAAGACUGCUUCUGAGACGGAAACAGAUAUCUGUGCUGAAUGGGAGAUAAAGACCAUCACUAGUGCUCUGAAGACCUACCUAAGAAUGCUUCCCGGACCGCUCAUGAUGUACCAGUUUCAAAGAAGUUUCAUCAAAGCAGCAAAACUAGAGAACCAGGAGUCUCGGGUCUCUGAAAUCCACAGCCUUGUUCAUCGGCUCCCCGAGAAAAAUCGGCAGAUGUUACAGCUGCUCAUGAACCACUUGGCAAAUGUUGCUAACAACCACAAGCAGAAUUUGAUGACGGUGGCAAACCUUGGCGUCGUGUUUGGACCCACUCUGCUGAGGCCUCAGGAAGAAACGGUAGCAGCCAUUAUGGACAUCAAAUUUCAGAACAUUGUCAUUGAGAUCCUAAUAGAAAACCAUGAAAAGAUAUUUAACACUGUGCCCGAGAUGCCUCUCACCAAUGCCCAGCUGCACCUGUCUCGGAAGAAGAGCAGCGACUCCAAGCCCCCGUCCUGCAGCGAGAGGCCCCUCACUCUCUUCCAUACUGUGCAGUCAACGGAGAAACAGGAACAAAGGAACAGCAUCAUCAACUCCAGUUUGGAAUCUGUCUCAUCAAAUCCAAACAGCAUCCUUAAUUCCAGCAGUAGCUUGCAGCCCAACAGGAACUCCAGUGACCCAGACCUGAAUGUGGUCAAACCCACCCGGCCCAACUCACUCCCCCCGAAUCCAAGCCCAACUUCACCCCUCUCGCCAUCUUGGCCCAUGUUCUCGGCGCCAUCCAGCCCUAUGCCCACCUCAUCCACGUCCAGCGACUCAUCCCCCGUCAGGUCUGUUGCAGGGUUUGUUUGGUUUUCUGUUGCUGCCGUUGUUCUCUCAUUGGCUUGGUCCUCUCUUCAUGCAGUGUUCAGCCUCCUCGUCAACUUUGUUCCCUGCCAUCCAAACCUGCACUUGCUUUUUGACAGGCCAGAAGAAGCGAUUCAUGAAGACUCCAGCACACCGUUCCGGAAGGCAAAAGCCUUGUAUGCCUGCAAAGCUGAACAUGACUCAGAGCUUUCGUUCACAGCAGGCACGGUCUUCGAUAAUGUUCACCCGUCUCAGGAGCCUGGCUGGUUGGAGGGGACUCUGAACGGAAAGACUGGCCUCAUCCCUGAGAACUACGUGGAGUUCCUCUAACCGUGGGCCCCAGCAGAACUGCUGAGCUUUACAUGGUAUCCAUGACAACUGCUGAUUCCAGUGUCAUAGGCCAUUUCUCUUUGCCACCGAGAAAUGCAGCGUGACUGACUCUGUUGCUACCUGUCAACAUGAAUGUUUCUGUGAGCUCUGGUGUCACUCAUCUCCAUGAUCAUCUCAGCCAAUACUGAUCAAUACUGCAAGAAACAGAAGUCAAUCAGCAGAGGAGGCCAUCUGAUUUUGAUAACUGAAAGACUUGCAAAGCCGUUUUCUCAUGAGUAUCCUAAAUAGGGGGCACUCAUUUUGUUUCAGCGGUCCAAACGCCCAGCCUUCAGAAAGAGGAAGUCAGAUAGCAGUACCCCAGAACACACCGCAUAGUUAAGUCUGAUGGGGCUGGGUGAAGAAAUUGGCGCUGAGAUCCAGGCUGGAUCAUUGCUUUUGUUUACAGUAGGCAUGCUCUCCACUCCACCUCUCAGUACUUGAGACCUACAUUGCUACAGGCAGCUAGGUCUGUUCGCAUGCAGGAUGAAGAGGGUUAAAGCACUGUUUAUGUAAGCUCCGAUCUCUCACCAUCUCUAAAGCAGCCGUUGGCCGUCAUCAGCAAGAUUCAGUCCAGUGUUCUCAUGCACAGGAAUACACACACCCUGUGUUUCUCCCUCCCAGGCUAGGAACCUCUCUGCCACCAAGGCUGCUAUCCAUCGCCUAGUAACCACAGCAACCCAACCUACUCUAAAACCAAACCAAAAAAAAAUCCUCUUUGCAUGACAUGUUUUUUUUUUUUUUUUCUCUCACCUUUUUGGUAUACUUUUUUGACUGGUUUUCUAACAACUUGAAGCAAAGAAUCAAGGAAUUAGGGUGGUCUGCUUGAGGCAGAUGGGAUAGUAGCUGGGACUCUUCCCUUUCUGAUGAAUUUCAGCAGCAUCAGGAUAUAUUUGGAGCACACUCUAGUAACCUCUUAAGAUUGAAUUACAUAGUCUUGAUGCUGCCUCCCCAUGGAUGAUGUCAUCUGACUGGUUCCCCCAUGUCCUCCCAUUCACCCAUCCCCGCUCUCACCCUUGCCUGCCUCUAACCCACCACUGGCCCGCCCCCUUGCCCUGCUAUGGGCUGCUGAACACUGGUGCUGUGGUGGUUUUCAAGGAUAAUUCCUAGGCUAACCUUACGGCCUGUAGCUUAAAAUGAUGUCUAUGUUGACUGCCAUUCAGAAAAAGGGAAUUGUUUCUCAGUCUUUCAAGGCAUGAGACUAAUGUAGUUUAUUGUGAUUCAGGAAGAAACCAAAGGUUGGGGGGUGGGAUGGGUACCCUUUGAAUAAGGGAAUUUGCUGGUGAAAAGAGGCUGGGUCUUAUGAAGACUACCUUGAGUGGGGAAGUUCUGCCUGGACAUUUCAAAUUCACUUGGCCUUCAAACAGCAGAGUCAUCCAUAUCUCCCAUAUGUGAAUGUCUUUGCAAGGGUGACGCUAGACAAACUACAAACCGAUGGACCAUCAGGCUCCCCAGGAGCCCCUUGGAUGGCAGCAUUGCUUCAGAGUGUUUCCUGUUUCUGGAAUUCCUUGUUAGGGAACUUUAAAGAAGAAAAGAAAAACUUGAAUUGUGUUGAAUUACUGUAUCUUUUACGUUUUUUUUUUUUUUUUUUGAAAAGAUAAACUUGUAAAUAGAGUGAUUUGAAAUACUAUAUGGCAAAGUUUUAUAUUUGAUAUUCUUUAAGCUAGUUGCUCAUACACUUAGGCUUGGAUUGCUGAACAGGUAUGUUUAAGAGGGAGAGAGAGGAGGCAAGCCUGGAGAGAGUCAAGGUUGCUGUCCCCCCUUCAGCCUGAAGGAAGGAGAGCACAUGCCCUUGCUCUCUGCUGCCCUGUUGGUGGGCAUGACUCAUCAGUGGUGUUCAGUCUUCUUUAUGUGUUUCUGAGCAUUCCUUGGGCUUUGGAUUUGGAGAUGGGAAGAGCAUCUCCAGGCAAUGAGUUUUUUGAAGAGUGCCUACUUAGUAGUAAGAUGAAGCUCAGGACUUAAAUAGGUGGGUCCAGGCAUAUGAUUUUUCGUUUCUCUUCUCAGGUGUAUUUCUUGGUACCCCCUAGAUAUCAGGACAGAAAGAGAUGAGUCAAUUGCUGGGCUCCUUACUUCUUUCUUUACUGCACAUCUUCUGAGGCUUUAGAAAUGUAGAUGAGCUAGCUUGUUUUCAGAUUUCAUGUGCAUCUGUAGGUUCUUAAAAAACCAACUUCUUAGAAUCUUUAGUUCUCAAUGUGCUGCUGCUUUCCCUUUUCCUAAACAUUUUUAAACUCUUCCCUCUCAGCUCCAAUUCCCUAUGAUCCCAAAAGAAGAAGACGACUCCAGAAGGGAUGUAGAUUGUGCCAUUAGAGCUUUACAGGUGGCUUUAAAGUUAACAGGGGUUUGUCAUUGUGAUUCACGACUCAGUUUAUCAGCUCAAGGAUUAUAUGGCUCUUUUCCAGGAAUUCACCAAGGAGCGAGGCACUACCAUUGAUUCAGGGAAUAAGAAUUAAGAAUGGACAGGACCAAGAUAGAACUCAAGAAAGCCAUCGGGGAAAACUCGAGAAGACAGGGAAUAUACUAAUGGUUAGUUCUGUGGACUUGAGGACAAGAAGACAUUGGGAAAUGGGGCCCUCAGGGAAUGUGCAUCCAAGGAGAGACCAGCAUAAUGCUUUUAACACAUUUGAUGGGGUUUUUUGUUUUUGUUUGUUUUUUGAGAUGGAGUCUUACUCUGUGGCCCAGGCUGGGUUGCAGUGGUGCAACCUCAGCUCACUGCAACCCCUACCUCCCAGGUUCAACUGAUUGUCCUGCCUCAGCCUCCCGAGUAGCUGGGACUAUGGGCAUGAGCCAUCAUGCCCAGAUCGUUUUUUGUAUUUUUAGUGGAGACGGGGUUUUGCCACAUUGGCCAGGCUGAUCUCGAACUCCUGACCUCAAGUGAUCUGCCUGCCUCAUCCUCCCAAAGUGCUGGGAUUCCAGGCGUGAGCCACCACGGCCGACCAUAUUUGAUGUUUGAAGUUGUCAUCUGCCCCAUAAUAAACGUACCUGGAGCUCAUGUGGAGGAACAGGAGGCCAAGAUCCUUGCUUUGGGAGUGCCUCACGAAGCAUUCCUGUAGACACUUGGCCCCAGCUUCACUGCUUGAAAGCAUGACUCUCCCUCCUGAGUUGGCUCUGAUUUGAAACCGGGGGAAACAGAGCUGCUGCCAAUGGGAUCUUUUAGGUAACCUCCUCCCCAGCUUCCCCGUGGCUGUGCAGUGCCCAUGAGCUGCUGCCAAUGGGAUCUUUUAGGUAACUCCCUCCCCAGCUUCCCUGUGGCUAUAACGGUGCCCAUGACAGAUGGCUGCUCUGUUUCCCUUUGCCCAGCCAGGCUCCCCUCCUUCCUAUUAGCUACAAAACUGGAUAAUCUUCAGAAUAUGAGCCAAAGAGUAGGAAGGAACUCAAAGACAAAAAGAUUUUACUCUCUCCCCAGUCCAUGCCCCCUACCUCUGACUCUCUGUGUGAAUAGGAAACGUUAGGGCAGAUUAGGAGAAUGAAUUGGUUAUCAGAGUGGAAAACCAUGGCCCAGGAUCCCUGAGCUUUCCCAGUAGCCUCCAAUUUCCUCUGUAAGGCCCAGGGAUCACUUAGCCAGAGUCUGAAUCUUUUAGGAGUAUUAAGGUCAGCCUCUCUUCCUUCAGGUUACCAGCAAAAUUUUAUAGCUAAAGAAUGCCAUACCAGGAGAAGAUAGCUAGAUUCAAAUCCCUGCCCCCAGGCAAGUAAAACGCUGACUUGCUCGCGACUGAAGAUCUUCUCUCCUGUUUUUCAAAAUAAACAUAUAUAGGGAUGGACCGUGUGCAGCGUGGCCUGCCUCUGUGUCCUAGAAUUGGAGCCAGUCUUUAGCUUAAUGUCUUAAGUAUUUCUACGGCCAAUAUGUGUUUUUCUUAUGUCAGACCAAACCGUCUUUUUGAACAUUGGUUCAUUUCCUCUCACCGAGUGCUUUUUGGACAGAGAGGCAAAGAGAAAGAAUGAGCAAUCAAGUAUUGACAGACCGGCAUUAGCAGGAUGGAGCCAUACUAGUAACAAGGACAUUCCAAGGCACUUGCCCAGAGCUGCAAAGUUGUGUGAGCCAUACCUGCAGCUCAAAGGGAAGGACUUCUACCCCCUGAGUUUCUAUCGCCUGAAAAUGGCAACUACUGUCUCACUAAAAGCUCUGUCUUGGCUACAGAGGCUCUGAAAGCAUUCACAGUUGAGGGGGAGGGAGACAGAAACAAGAAGCCAAAAUAACCUGAUCCCUGCCGGUCUGUUGGCACCUGUCAUCCUCUGGCUUCUGCUCCCAAAAGCAAGUCUGGAUGACUGAGUUUUGUGAACAUGACGCUCCCAGAGACAGCAGUGGCCACCAUGGCACCCAGAGUUUGCCCAAGUACUGAAUGUUUUAUGAGCAAUCAUAUUCCCAGGUAGGUAGCCGGCACUGCAGAAACCAACGGCCUCUUAGCUGACUUGAAAAGGAAUGACCUAGGUGUUCUGUCAAGGGAGUUAUCUAUCAUCUCUGGUAAACUUGACAAUAAUCACUUACCUCGAUGACCCUGCCCCAUAUCCCUUUAUAAAGGCAGCAGGGUGUCCUCUCCCACACCCUGUGCUGGUGUCUAAAAAAUGUAUCUUGUGUUGCUCAAAUGUGUUUGGCAGCCACACCAAUCAGCUGGGUGCUGAACCGCUUCUCUGUAAUUGUAGCAUCAAAAUGACAACGGCAGCGGAGCAGCGAGUCUUGCACAGUCCCAUAGCAUGCCUGCGACAAGACUCCAACAAGUAAUUAACAUUUUUCUCCUGCCGCCUACAGCACCUGUCUAUCUAACUAAAGAGCUUCCCAAGUGGAGGGAAAGGCCAUAGAGAGAAUCCAGGUGUCAUUAGAGUUAGUCCUGCUGAAAUGUGGUCUUCCAGUGGAAGCACCUGUAUUCUUGGGAGGUAAAAAUGCUGGGUGCAGACCAGGACCAGAGAGAAAGAGAAAGGUGAACCAUCCUAAAGGAGCUUUGGUUACUUUUUUAGAAGGAUAAAUACUGUUCUUACUGGGGAGAAAAAUGAUCACAGAAAAAUUUCACAGCUAAUAUUUUUACAAAAGUUAUGGCCAACAUUGCAAAGUGAAUACAUCUCUCAAGGUGGAAUGGUUUAGAGAGCGAAGGCUUAGCACAGUCCUGGACUCAUGUAUGGGUAGCAGUUAGAUUAUCUCAAAAUUCGCUUUAGUAUAGUCAGAACCAGAGUAUUGAUCAAUGAAAUGUCAGUUACCUGGAGCAGUCCUGGAGAGGCUAAGACAUUCUAUACUAUUCUACAUCAACCAUUUCUACAAACCUGUCCAGACACCUAAAAGCAGCUUUCUUGGUUAUCUAGAUGCCAGAAUCUACCUUGUAUCUGACAGUGUACAUCUGUUGAUUCUAAAGUAUCUCUCUCUCUCUCUCUCUCUCUCUCUGUGUGUGUGUGUGUGUGUGUGUGUGUGUGUGUGUGUGUGUACAGCACAUAUUUACAUCUAGGAAGACACAGACACUCAUAGAGACCCACGUGAGCUGGUACUUGCUGAGCCUUUACAGCCUUUAAGACUUGGAGGUUGAGAAUUAGAGACACAAGACAGGCUGUUGAUUGCCUAUUAAAAUGAUCAAAGAUGUAAAUUCAGUGCCAUUUUAAAACUGUGUUUGUAUUUAUCAAAUGGUUACUAUCUACAGCUAUAUUCUCUGUUAACUUAUUUAAAGUCAUGUUGCAAAAAAGAUCAAACCCGUGAAUGCAUAGAACCUACGGCUAGUGCUUAAAAGCACUCUAAAAGACAUUUUAUCCAUAUUUCAGAAAAGAAAAUAUUUGCAUGUUUAAUUCAUAAUUUAGGCUACCUUUGAGUAUACUGUAAAGUGCUGUGUGAUAUAUCAAUAAAGUACUUAUUAAUGGCACUUCAAUGUUGUCUUUUAAAAUAACAAAUAAUGCACUGUUCUAAAGUUCAGUAUUGACCAUUGACUGGUGCAUAGAAUCCAGUGCUGUAAUUAGAAGGUAAUCUGUGACUAGAAUAGAACUUUGUCCCUGUUAGUAGCCCUGUUGCCAUGUUCAGGCUUUUAAAAAAUGUGCUUUUGUGUCACAAAAUAUAUCUAUAAAGAAAACAGCAUUUCUGUUCAGAGGCCUCUGAAACUUGGUUUUCUUACAUUUGGUUGGUGUAUGUGACAGUCCCUACGAAAUGAGUGGAUGUAUGGUUUUUGAAUUAAAUGUCUUUUCCAUUUG